AUGAGCCCCCGCGGGGCGACCGGGUCUAAAGAUGCCGGUAGCGCUCGUCAGCCGGAAGCGCCCAGCUUUCCAAGCAAGCACAGAAGUAGGGUACCGGCUUCUGGUGACCGCCCCCCAAGCCUAAUCCCACCGCCGGCGACACGAUUCGCUCUGGUUAAAAAGAAUGGAAAGGCCGACGCCCGAGAACCGCCUUCGCAGGCAGACGCCGCGACCGGCCGGAGGAAGCAGGCCCCGCCCCUGGCCCUGCAAUGCCCGUUCCGCCUCCAAGUAACUCCGCCCCCCAGUCGCGGGAAAGCUUCGCCUGUGCGCAGCGCGGAGGAGGUGCUGCUUGGCGCGCACUCCGCCUCGGGCCUGCCCUGGUGGGGCAGCAUCCUGCUCACGACCGUGGCCUUGCGCGGCGCCGUCACGCUGCCUUUGGCCGCCUACCAGCACUGCAUCCUGGCCAAGGUGGAAAAUUUACAACCAGAAAUAAAAAACAUUGCCAGUCACCUUAACCAAGAAGUUGCAGUUCGUGCAAAUCAGUUGGGGUGGUCCAGAAAAGUGGCCAGACUCACUUAUCUUAAGAAUAUGAGGCGGCUUGUUUCAGAGCUGUAUGUUCGAGAUAACUGCCACCCUUUCAAAGCCACUGUGUUAGUCUGGAUUCAGCUUCCAAUGUGGGUCUUCAUGUCUGUUGCUCUCCGAAAUUUUAGUACAGGGGCAGCACAUUCAGAAGCAGGUCGUUCUGUUCAGGAGCAGUUAGCUUCUGGUGGGGUCCUGUGGUUUCCUGACCUCACUGCGCUGGAUUCUACUUGGAUUCUGCCUGUCUCUGUGGGUGUCAUCAAUUUGUUAAUAGUGGAGAUUUUUGCUCUACAAAAAAUUGGGAUAUCUCGUUUUCAGACUUACAUUACGUACUUUGUUCGUGCUGUAUCCGUGUUGAUGAUUCCAAUUGCUGCAACAGUACCCUCAUCAAUUGUUCUCUACUGGUUAUGCUCCAGCUUCAUGGGUCUGUCACAGAACUUGCUGCUGCGUUCUCCUGGAUUUCGCCAACUUUGCCGAAUACCAUUGACAAAGUCAGAUUCAGAAACUCCUUAUAAAGACCUACUUACUGCCUUUAAUGCCAAGUUCAUUUCAAGAAAAUGACGUUUUCCAAUAAUUUUGAAACAGUUCCACAUAUCACUAUCACCUAGAUCUAUUUAGAUUUAGAAAUUCAGGUAUUUUAAAAUUAGCCUUCAUUUAAUAUCAUGUCUUUGUGAAAUACUUUAGGUUAAGAUGCAAUCCAGAUAUAUUUGACAAUAAUGAA